GCGAGCAUUAUUGUUUCCACAGUUUAAUUUAAAAAAAAUUAAUAAAGAAUAGAAAAACACCUCGCUUAACCGCCCUUUCGCGCUGUUAUUUUUUUUAUUUCGUGCUUAAGCCGCAAAAACAAAGUUCCCUUAUAAACUAACAGUUUGUAGAUUAGAGUUUAUUGAUGAGUGAACAAAAGACACCGCCGAGGAGAGUGAUAAGCGACCUGCGACCCGCACACUGAGAGAAAAGCGGACGGGCGAGCGGGGAUCAAAGGUCACCGACGAAUGCAUUUGCAUCUCCUGGUGGCAGCCAAGACGCCUCCAUCUGAGCAUACGGGCGUUGGGGAACCGGAGCCCGAACCAGAAUCCGAAUCGGACUUGGAAUUGGGCCUGGGCUUGGGAUUGGGAUCGGGAUCGGGAUUCGGACUGGGAGUGGGCGGAGUUGGAGUCGGUGUCGGAAUCGGAGCGGGUGGAUCAGCCGGACUGGGACUGGGAUUGGGCCAGGACUUGGUGGCGGACCACUGCACCACUGUGGCGCCCGUCAGCGUCGCCGGUCCCGGCCGCCUGGGUCGCAGCAUCAACGGCAGCGGCGGCAGCCACCAUCACCACCUGCACCACCACUACGCUCCCUAUCCGUACCACCACCAUCCGCACCACCCGCACCAUCCGCAUCACCCGCACCACCCGUCGUACCCGGUACCCCCAUCGGCGGCCCAUCCGCCGGCCAUGGUCACCUCGUCCUCCACAUCGCCGACGGGCAACGGUUGGGGCAGCACCACCGGCGACUUCAAGGGCAUCACCGCGGUGGCCACGGCAACUGGAGGAGGAGGAGGCGGCGGCGGCGUGGGAGGCGGAGUAGGAGGUGGUGGCGGGGCCACUCAGGGCGCCACUGGUGCCUCCACGGGCGCCACCACCGCCGGCGAAGUGCUCGCCGUUUCGAGCAGUGCCAGUGUUGGCAGCAGUUCGCCCACAGGUGGCGCCAGCAAUGGCACCGCCCACAGCGGCCACAGCGGACACACCGGCGGCCACAGCAGCAGCACCGCCAGCAAUGGCAACAACAACAACAACGGUGCCACCAACAGCAAUAACAACAACAACAAUGCAGUGCACCAGGAUCUGCUGUGGAUGGAGCGAUUGGUUCUGAAGAGGCAGCAGGAGCAUCCCGGAGAAUUGGUGCGCACGAGCAAUCCGUACUUCCUGUGCUCCGCCCUGCCCGCCCAUUGGCGCUCCAACAAGACGCUGCCGAUGGCCUUCAAGGUCGUCGCCUUGGCGGAGGUGGGCGACGGCACCUACGUCACCAUCCGGGCGGGAAACGACGAGAACUGCUGCGCGGAGCUGCGCAACUGUACCGCCCAAAUGAAGAACGACGUCGCCAAGUUCAACGAUCUGCGAUUCGUGGGACGCAGUGGCAGAGGGAAGAGCUUCACGCUGACCAUCACGGUGGCCACGAGUCCGCCACAGGUGGCAACCUACGCCAAAGCCAUCAAGGUGACCGUCGACGGACCCCGAGAGCCCCGCUCCAAGACAAGUCCGACGGGCGGUCCGCACUACCGGGCACUGGGCUUGGGGCAGCGGCCCUACAUCGACGGCUUCCCCACGAAGGCGUUCCAGGAGCUGGAGACGCUGCGCCGCUCCGCCAAAGUGGCAGCGGUGACGACGGCGGCGGCGGCCGCGGCAACAACGGCGGCCCAAAGUGCGGUGGCAGCGGCCGCAGCCGCGGUGGCGGUCACGCCCACUGGAGGCGCUGGAUCUGGGGGCGUGGCCGGCGGAGCGGGCGCUGGUCUGGUGCAACAAUUGAGCAGCAAUUACUCAUCGCCGAAUAGUACAAUCAACUCGGACUGCCAGGUCUACAAGCCGAAUGCACCGCACAUUCAAGGAGCCGACAUGAUGGGCGCCGGCGAGUGGACGGGAUCCUCCAGCUCGGCGGCGGCCUACUACCACAGCCACGCCCACCACCCGCACGCCCAUUACGCCCAUGCGCACGCCCACCUGCAGCACCAGAUGGCCUUGCCGCCUCCGCCGCCUCCCCCCGCUGCCGCUCCCGUUUCAGUGGGCGUGGCAAACGGAUCGAGCAUGGGCGUGGGCGUGGGAGUGGGCGUGGGCAUGGGCAUGGGGAUGAACCACUACGGCGGCGGCUACGACUCGGCCAACUCGCUGGAGGCGGGCCAGUACGCCCCCCACCUGCCGACGGUGCUGCCCGAGAUGCACGGACACGGAUUCGCCGCGGAUCCGUACCAAACGGCGGGCUACGGGGGCGGGAACUCCGGCGGCGGAGGAGGUGGCUCCAAGUCGGAGCUGGACUACGGCGGUGGCUACAAUCAGGCGUGGUCGAACGGGUACCAGAACUAUCAGUAUGGCAGUUGCUUGGCCACCGCUCAGUAUGGUCCGCAGGCGGCCCCGCCCCAGCCGCCGCCCCCGCCGCCGGUGGUGCUGUGCCCGCAAGUGUACUCGACGCUCAACCAGAACCAGAUCCACCUGCACCUGCACAGCUCCGAGAAGCUGGAGCAGUAUCUGGGCACCGCCACGGGGGCGGAGCACCUGACCAUUGGCUCCCUGACGGGCAGCAGUCGCUCGAGCAUCGAGAUCGUCCAGGAGCAGUACCAGCAGCAGGUGCACCACCCACAGCAGCAGCAGCAGCAGCAGCAGGUGCACCACCCACAGCAGCAACAUCAGGUGGAGUCCGCCGGAGAAGUAGUGGGUGGUGGUGGUGGAGGAGGAGCUGGUGGUGGUGGUGGUGGUGCAGGGGGUAGCAAUAAUGUGGAGUCCGCUCGCGAUGAGGACGUCGGCGAUCUCACGCAGGUGUGGCGACCCUAUUGACCCAAUCGGAUCCUCCAACGGCCGAUGCCAGCCAAUAUCCACCUCCGCUCACAUCCGCAUCCGCAACAGAACUCCCACCCACAUCCGCUGGCCCACCCACCGCUGCACCUGCACAUCGAACUGAACUAGGAGAGCAGCAGGAUCACCACAAGAACUGUACAAUCUUUUUUUUUUUUUUUUUUUCUUAGCCAAUAACGUAUGUAUUAAAACACUAAUCCCAAGGCAUCAGAAAGCUGUACAUAAAUAAUGAAUAAAAAUAGGAGAUAGAUGUAAGGCAGAGUGAUUUCCAGAACUUGAAAUUCAACAAAUAUUAAAGAAAAAGCUGUACUAGAAUUUGUUAAAUGUCAUCCAAAAAUAACCCUACCUUUCCAAACUAAUUAUUUAAACUGUUUUACAAGAGUUUUGAGUUCCAGAAGUUAGUCUGCCUGCUAAUAACAAAACAUAAAAUAAUAAAACUAGUAAAAGAAGUAAGCACAUAACAAGAUAAACUAAACCAGCUGUAAAUAAUAGAGUCUAAAGUUAAGAUGGAACGUAAACACUGAAUUCGAAAGGAUCUUACCACGAACCAUAGCCUAGUGAGCACCCAUCCCUGCGAACACGAACCGUAGAGAACCUUUUUUUUACUAGACCUAAGACUAGAUAAAGAUACUCGAUAAAGCCGCACAACUAUCUAUAAAUAUGGAAAUACCUAUGUAUACAUUUUUUUUCUGUUACUUUGCGAGUGAAUCUGCCCAAGGAUUCGAAUUGAAGAGCUAAACGAUGAUGAGAAGACUAUAAAUAAAGUUAUC